ACAAUUUGUCCUAUUCCUUGAUUAAUUAUAUAUAUAUAAUAUCAAAAUCCAACAUUGAGAGGCACCUCCGGUGGCUGAUUGUUACAAGUGCUCUUCCCGGCCAGCCCAGGGAAAGAAAAGGUGCCAAUGGAUUUUUAUUCUGUGUGCCGCUGCCGAAUCAUAACCGGUAAGCGUACACGUGGCCCCCAGUCCCGUCCAUCACACUGGGGGCGCGUUACAUCGCCAGCUGGAACGAAGGGCCGAUGUGGAUGCAUCACUUUAUAUGCGAUCCUCUCGAUCUCCCUCCAAUUACUCCAAUCGGAACCCAAUGGACGGAAGAUCGAACAACCCGCAUAUAAAGUAACCGAACGGACACUCGUGUUAAAGAAUGCAAACCACGCCCGGUAAGCUGUGUCCCCGAGUCGGUGGUCCAAUGCAGGAAGCGGUUUGAAGUCCCCUGUGAUCGCGUCCCCUCUUUAUAAACCCCCGCUCCCUCUCUCCACCUUUCCAAAUUGCCGAAAAGAACGAGAGAAACACUCACCUGAAACCCUGAUUCCUUCCGUUCCCCUGAUUUCGAAAUGGCCGGAACCCUAGGUUUUUCUGGAUUGAAUCCGUGCCCCCAUCUCAACUGCCCAAGCCGCCGAACGGCGUGCGGCGCGGUGGCCAUGGCGGAGGUGUCGACGGCGGUGAGGCGGCCCAAGAGCUUGUACGAGGUGCUGCGGGUGAAGAAGACGGCGUCGGCCGAGGAGAUCAAAGCGGCGUACCGGUCGAUGGCGAAGCGAGUCCACCCGGACGUGGCGCCGGCAGCCGGCGGGCUGGACUUCCUGGAGAUCCACCGGGCUUACGAGACGCUUUCCGACCCGACGGCGAGGGCGCGGUACGACCUCUCCAUCGGGCUGUUCGGAUUCGCAGCCGCGGCGCCGCUGCGGUCCCGAAGAUGGGAGACGGACCAGUGCUGGUAGGCGAUCGACCACCAACCGGCGAGGGUUCGGUUGCGGGGAGAGAGGCCGGAACCCGGGCCGGAUAUAAGCGCGUGUACGGAUCGCAUGCGGACCGCCCUUGCGACGUUCGGCAUUUAAAUGGCCCAUCAACAUCCAGAUCCCCUCUUGGUCAAAGAUUAGAGAUGACUUCUACCGGGAAAGAAAAAAAGAAAUCGAUCAAUCGAGAUGGGGGAUUU